UCUAAUUUUCAAUACACUAUACCUUUUAUAUUUCGUUAAUUUAAAAUGUACAAAAUUUAUCAUUGUAGUGCUACUCAAACCUUAACACACUUUUUCAAAAAUUUGCCGGAAAAGAUACCCGUUUCAAAAGGCUUUUUCAGAAAACUAAAUAAUGUAUCCACAGAGUUCAGGAAGACUAAAUAUGAACGGAUAUUCUGCACGUUCAAUAUCUAAUAGAGCGUUUAGUGAUGAAUACGAAGAACCGGUAAGAGACUCUAGUAGAUAUAGAAGGGGGGCUAUUAAUUCACUAGACUAUUGUUUCUGCUCAGAAGAAGCAAUAGAACUUCCCGCACCAAUACCCGUUAAAAGUGAUGUUGGCUCUUAUGCAUCCUCCAGAUUUUUUGAUGGCAAUGGACCUAGCCAAUAUUCUAGAUCACAAGUCAUUCCGACAGAAGAAAUGGACGAUAGUAGUGAUAAUUUAACUGCAAGAAGCACAAAUAUUUCUUCUCUUGGACCUUAUACAAGCGGUAAUCUAAGGAAUGGUAGUGGCAAAUUUAAAAGGAACCAAAGUGAUGUUUUUCGUCUUGGUUCUCAACGAAAACCGGUAGUAAGGCUCAAAGUACAUGCUUCGGUACAAACUAGCGAAACUUACCUUAGCACGUGUGUUGGUGUUGAAUACUAUUCACAACGAAAUGGGCAAACUAGGGCAGUCGAUACCGGAAGAAGCCAAAGGAAGGUAGUCAGACCUAAAGUCGACAGAUCUCUUAGAGAAAUAGAAAUACCAAGUGAUAGAAGCGAAAUGAAAAGCCAUGUGUGGUUACCUGAAAAUGGUAAGUCUAUGGCAAGUAAUGGUACUAAUACAGAGUCGAUGGUAAAGCGUCAGGCGUCACUUGGAAGAAAACUAUCAAAACUGCGUUCACGGGACCCACUAAGAAAGUCAUCCCAUUUUACAUCACUAUCAAAACCUGCACUACGAAAUAUAUCCACUGGUUAUAUUGAUCCCGACAAGUCGUUCAUGAGCAGUCGUUCAAGAGAUCCAAUAAGAAAGUCAUCCCAAUUUCCAGCAGCAUCAAGAUCUGUAGUAAGGGAUGCAUCCACUAGUUAUCUUGAAUCUGAUGAUUCAUUUGCGCCAAGUUAUUCACGAGAUCCAGUAAAAAUGUCCUCUAUCCAUUUCGGACCACAACCAAGAUCUUCAGUGAGAACUGUACCAAGUAGUUACCCCAGUUAUACUUCUCCCAGUUAUGUUUCUCCCAGUUUUAUUUCCCCUAGCGAAUCCAAGCCGUAUUACACACCACAAACCAGCAAAUUAUGUAAAGCUAGAGCAAAUAUAUGUGCGCAAAGAUUUAAAAUAGCAUCCCAUGCAUCCGUUCACACAAUGGAGAACAAGUCUACUAUAUAUUCUUCCUCCGAACUUGUUGGAGGACGUAAAUCAAGAGUUUAUGAAAACUCAAAAUGUAAAUGUUUCAACACAAGAUGUUUACAAAAAGCAAUAAGAAAGUUUGUGAGAGAAGCCAUAGAAGAAUCUUUAAGGGAAUCGGGAAUGUCGCAGCUAGAUCUAGACGCUUCCAUGUUAGAUCAAAGAACUCCUUCAAGGCAACAAGGCGUUCAAGUAGUUCCAAGUACAACAGAUGGUAUAAUGAUGUAUAGGUCAGAAGGAACAAGUGGUUACUUACCUGUUAUUACAGACCCUGUGCCCAACGCCUGUGGAUGCUUAUGUAUAUGUAACCCUGAUCCAGCAAGAUCUCUGAGAAACGUUAAUAGAUCAGAUAGGGCAGUAGGCGGUAAUUUAGACAUGUUAUCAGAAAUGAGGAUCUCUAGGCCAACUGUGUCAAUAAUAGAUCCGAAGAUAGCUUCUGCUGUGGCGAUGAAAGACCAAUAUACUGAACAUCAAGUUGGGGCAGGUUGUAACUGCUGUCAGACCUCGUCGAAGACUCGGUUAUUGUGUUCUCAGAGAAGAGCAAGAGAUAUUGAAUCACACACAGACGAAUCUGCUAAAGUAUCCUUCGUUGAGGAGAGCAUUCUAAGUGGAUCUCUCCAAGAUGGAAGGCAUGGGAUUUUUCAUAAGGCAGCUGACGAUCGGUUUCCAGAUCCAUCGAUUACCAGAUUUCCAAGUCACGGAGCCGUCUCGCAUAAAGACGAGCAAAAGGUUAUUCCUUUGGGGAAAGAUCCUUCAUUGUGUGUAUUACAACAAGGCAACUUUAAAACAUAUUUGAUGAGGAAAUCAGCCGGAAUUGAAUUGCCCAAGGUUACUGAAGAGGAAUUACAGCUUAUUAAUGAAUAUAUGAAAUCAUCUCCAAUGAAGUCAACCUCCUCAGUGACAAUUAACGAUAAGCAUGAUAGACAUCAUUAUCCAACAGAGUCAGACCAUAAAUUUGAUUAUAAUAGACUGGAAAACAUUAGUCACAGAUUAUCAGACGAUACGUUAGACUAUCGUUUGUUGAGACAAGAGCUGCCAAAAAAAACUGAAAGUCAAAUUAUAAGAGAAAGACCACCGACAAGAAAACGGGCUUCUAUAGCACCAGAUGAAGCAUCAGAAGAUCGCGAACGUCACAAACUACACUCUAUUGGGGAUGAAGAAAGAAGGAUAAUCGAAGAAGUUCGGUCAGAACAUGAGAAAAAACUAAUAGACAGUUUAAAAGGCGACGAAGAAAAGGAACUCCAAGUCACAGAGGCAACUAGUUGGCUGAAAGAGCCAGGCGAAACUGAAGCGGAAAAUUUUGAGCCAUCCGAUAGUCUCGAGAAAGAGGCUGCCAGCUAUGAAGCAGCGCAACAUACUCGUUAUAAUGCAGAACCUGCAACUGUGUUUGAAAGUAUUAUCCAAGAGGAAAAAAAGAAGCUUCGACGACACUCUAAAAGAUCAAGUAUCCCUAGUGAUCAGUCUGAAUUUGAACAAGAGAAGGACCAUGGAGGGAAAUCUGGUAAGGGAUUCUUUAGUUUCUUUAAGAACUGGAGGAAAAACGGCAAAAGUGGCUCAAAACGGAAAGAACCAAAACGGAAAGUGGGUUUGUCGAAUGACAUCGAAGAUGAUAUAUCUGAAUCCAUAAGCGGGGUGUCGGGAACUGAAACAGAAGAACACAGAAGAUCAAGAAGAUCAAGUAUGAGCUCUUACAAGGACCGUCCUCUUCCCAGUCAUUUUCGUCAAAACAUUUACAAAUUUAACUGACAUGAUCAAAACAUUUUUUUUAUAACAUACAUGUAUUUACAUUUGUCUGUCCUAUUGUGUACACUGAUUAAAGUUGGGCUUAAUAAAAAA